AUGUAUAGCAGAAGAUUACACACAUCAUACUCAAAGUUGCAAGUGCGCAGGUACUGGAGAGUUGGAACCCAUAUGGGCCACCAACUGUGUGAGGGCGAUGUGGAGCUGGGCGAUCGUGGAACAACGUUUGGACACAGCGAAGGUAUCAAUCAGUUGAAGCAAGGCACGUACAAACUCUACAUAUCGGAGGAUGACAGCCUUUGCAAUGUACCACAAGGAUCAUGUACAUGCACCGGCGGUGUUGGGGAGCCGUCACAUCCACGCUGCACAGGGGUGAUGCCACCGCGAUUUCAUCUGAUAACCCAAUCCACAGACGGAAUUAUCUAUGAGCGGAGGGAUUUGACGGGGAUGGGCUCGUUAACCGGAUUGCUACACGAAGCGGCGGUAUCUGACCCGCCACUCGCGUUCUUUUGGAUAGACACCAGUGGUGUGCCGCAACCGGAGGACUUAAGUGCUCUCUUCGAAUUCGUUAAUGUGAAUCCCUACACAGAGUGGAGGUGGCGAGCUUUGGCUGCCGCCUCUAUUAGAAAUGAUUCAGGUGAUUGCCCGCCGAGCAAUGGCGUUGAUGGAGCAACCAAUGAGUUAGCGCAGGAGGAUGCUGACAGUUAUUAUGACAAUGCAACUGAGCUGGAUUGCCUGCGGGCGUUUGUGGAGGAGCAGUAUGUACAACUCCGCAUCACUGUUCUACAGGCCCAGAGUGCAAUGCCGUGUUGCUUGCGCUCAGCGGGAAAUGGAGAAAUCGGUGGGAAGGUGGAAGGACCUGGCAAACAUCAACAACAACAACCCAGAAAUUUGCGAGCAAACCUGUUUGACGCAUGUGAAUCAGGUGCACUAACAUCCGUGCAGGCAUUGUGUUUCCGUAAUGGAGUUGUUACAUGGAGGCCGCAACCUGCAAUAGAGGGAUGGGAGUAUAUUUCGCAUCGCCUUAUUCGCCGCCUGCAGGAUGCCAGCGGUGGUGAAGACAUUAAACCGCAAAAUUUGCUCUCCACAUCUUUGUUUGCGUUAACCAUGCUGGACGAACUGUACAUGGCGUUCCUUCCCGAUAUAACGGUUGUUAAUAACGAGGUGGACGAGAUUGAAUCGAUGUUGCCACUUGUGCGUCAGCGGCCGUCGGACCAGGCGGACGUAUUGCGGCGCGUUCAGCUUCUGCGUCGGAAUCUUUCAGUACACCGCCGGAUUCUGAUGAGCAAAGUAACCGUUCUGGAGCUUCUAAACCGGCCCACUGUGCGCGUGCUUUUGUCAUUCAUGAACACAAGCACGACAUCUAAACUCGAUACAGUAGUGCGGUAUGCCAGUAGUUACGUGGACAUCGCUCGCCACAUCUUACCCACACUCUUCAAGUUGGACAAUGCCCGCAGGGUUCUCACCAACUCCAUCAUCAUCUAUUCGUCAGGAGCAUCCGCCACGAACAACUGCAACAGCAACAAGUCGGAUACUUUAAACGUCACAUUGGGUUACGUCGCUUUGAUAUCUAUUCCACCAACCAUUGUAGCUUCCCAAUGGGCACUUGAAUUUCACGUCCCAUGGCGAGCAGGUGAUUCCACCACACAAUUUUGGGCCAUGGUGGGCGUAAUGGGUGCCUGUAUGCUCAUGGUGCUCGUCUACCCGGUGUACUGUUGGAUCAGGGGAAGACCUGACAAGUUUGUCUUUCGUUAG